AUGGGAGGAGGGGUGUUGUAUGCAUGUCAAUACAGGAGGUGAGGGGUGAGGGAAGGCGGAGGAGGAGGAGGAGGGGGAGGAGGAGGAGGAGGAGGAGGAGGAGGAGGAGGAGGAGGAGGAGGAGGAGGAGGAGGAGGAGGAGGAGGAGGAGGAGGAGGAGGAGGAGGAGGAGGAGGAGGAGGAGGAGGAGGAGGAGAAGGAGAGGUAGCCAGUCUUACGCGCUGCCUUGGUGUUUGUAGAAGGUGAGGCGGGAGAAGAGCA